UUUAUUUGGGAAAACAAAACAUGGAAGAAGAAUUAGAAUUAAUGACAAAUAAUCUAAAGAAAGUUCUGUGCAAGUUAAAAUUCUGCAAUCGAGAUGCCAGCCAGGACUUACAAGGCCGCAGGGAGAAGCUGGCCGAAAUGAUUCGCCUGCACUUGCAAAAUGUACGCGCUACCGUAAUAACCCACAGGCGCAGAGCCCAGCAUAAGGCUAAGAGGCGGCGACGGAUGUUGCGCUCGUUUUUUAUGCAGCAAAUGUCGGAAAUGCAAGCCAACUACCUCGAAAUGUUUGCAAUAUUGCGCCUGAAGCAGGAUAGAGCCGAAGAAGAGGCAGCUGCGGAGCAGGAGGAGCAGGAAGAAAAUGAUGUGGAGCAGCAGUACCCCGAGGAUGACGAAACCCCGGAUGUUCAGAUAGUGGAGAUACCCUUGCAGCCGGCACGCCUCUUCUUUGAGGACAUUAUUCCAGAACUGAGUGAGGAGGAGUUCCUCAACACCCUGCACGUCAGCCGGGGCACCUUCGAAACCCUGUGCAAGCAGUUGGCACCCAGCUUGCGGAAUGUGGAUGUACUGGCCCGUCGAAUUCCAGCAGUGCCGCCGGAAAAGUGCGUGGCCCUGGCUUUAUACUUCCUGGCCAGCGGCAAGAGGCUCAGCCAAAUAGCCAUAGCGUUUUCCAUGCCUCGCAAUCGAACCAUCAAGUGCCUGAAGGCCUUCUGCAACGCCGUCAUGUCCACCUUGGGAAGAGCUCUGCGCCAGUUGCCAUCCAGUCGUGUCGAUUGCAACAGCGUCGCCAUGGGUUUCCAUCGCGAGAGCAACAUGCCCGCUGCUCUGGUUGGAGUCCUGGGAGUCUGCUCCAUACCAAUUCGAGCCAGUGUGGAACCCAAGUCCAAAGGAUCUGUGCUGCGUAUGGAGUAUCUUCUGGACGACAGGAUGCGUUUUCGGGAGCUGCAGCUGGGCUGUGGCAAGCCCCCAAAGGUGCCCAUGUUCUCCCUGGCACCCAACAAACUCACCGACUUGCCGAAUUUCCACAUCAACUCCCGUCCUGUUCCUGCCUUCGUCCUGGCGCCAGUCCUUCAAAAGUAUCCCCUCAGACCGUGGCUGCUGCAGCGGUACACCGAGCCCACAGCUCCCCAUGAGCACGACUUUAACGAGGUGGCCGAGCAUUUGCACGAAAUGAGCGACUGUGCCCUGCACCGGCUGGUGUCCCGCUGGAACUUCCUUAACCAGCCGCUCGACAUAAGCUUCCAAACCGCAUCUUGUAUUAUUACAGCCGCCGCCGUGCUCCAUAAUCUCCUGGAGGAACUGAGCGAGCCGUUCUUGCUGGAAUGGGGAAACUCUGUGGACGUGUCCAAGUUCCGAGCUAAGCCACUGGAGGGCAGGGUUCGGGAAGAUGACCAAGAAUCGGCCGCAGGAAUGAAGGCUCGCGAUUUUAUGGCGCGAACCAUCAGUUCCACCGAAAUCUAAACUCAUAAACUAAAACAAAUACUAAAUUUAGUUACAUUCCAAAAAUGUAGUUU